UAUGAAUAUCACUUAAGUUAAAGAAGGUCCUAGAACAAAACUUUAUUAGUGUGGAAAAAAUAACCCAACAACUUCAAACUUUUUGGUCUAUAAAUUCACCCAACCUACGCUUCAGGUCAGACAUAAAAAAAAUUUAAACCAAAGCGGGUCUCAGCUAUAGUUUUCAGUUGAUUUUGAAUCUUUGUUUUGUUUAGUUUAUCAGAAUGGCAGAAGAGGUGGUUUUGUUGGAUUUCUGGCCAAGCCCAUUUGGGAUGAGAGUGAGGGUUGCUUUGACUGAGAAAGGGAUAAAAUAUGAGUACAAGGAAGAAGAUUUGAGGAACAAGAGUGCUUUGCUGUUGCACAUGAAUCCUAUUCAUAAAAAAAUCCCUGUCCUUAUUCACAAUGGUAAACCUGUUUCUGAAUCACUCAUUCAGAUUCAGUACAUUGAUGAGACUUGGAAUGAUAAAUCUCCCUUGCUUCCUUCUGAUCCUUACCGAAAAGCUAUUGCUAGAUUUUGGGCUGAUUUUGUUGACAAGAAGAUUUAUGAUCUUGGGAGGAAAAUAUGGACAACUAAGGGAGAAGAACAGGAAGCAGCAAAGAAAGAAUUUGUCGAGUGCCUUAAGCUGUUGGAAGUAGAACUUGGAGAUAAGCCUUACUUUGGUGGAGAAAAUCUUGGUUAUGUAGAUGUUGUUCUCGUUCCAUUUUAUAGCUGGUUUUAUACCUAUGAGAAGUGUGGAAACGUCGGCAUUGAGGCAGAGUGUCCCAAGCUGAUUGCAUGGGCUAAAAGGUGCCUGCAAAAGGAGAGUGUAUCCAAGUCUCUUCCUGACCAAGAAAAGGUCUAUGGCUUUGUUUUGCAGAUGAAGAAAUUCUUGGGAAUUGAGUAAAUUGUGGAGGGACUAUGCAGGAGUACUGUUUCUUUUUAUGUGUAGGAAAAAUAUUCUACUUUUAGUUAUCAUAUUUUUAUGUUUUGAAAAUAAAUGGGUACUUUGUUGUGCCUGGUUGUCCUGUGUUGUUGGGGUUGAAUGUUAUUUUUCCUGUUCUGAAAGAUAGUUUAAGCACUUUGCUGUGCUUGGGAUUGUGUUUUGAAAGUAGGAGUUAUUAAAAAGUAAAGCAAAUAAUAUAGUUCCUAUGUUUUAUUGUC